AAAAAAAAAAAAAAAAAAAAAAAGCCGGAAGCAAAAAGCGAAGGAAAAGGGAAGAAGAGAGUAAGAGACAGAGAAGAGAGAGAGAAGUACAAGCCGGAAGCUCGUCGGAUGAUCGGAUCUGCUGUCUGCGAAGCCCGGAUCUGCAAAGCGCCUGUAAGUUCUUCUCCUUGCUUCUUCUUCUCUCCUUCUUGCUUCUUCUUCUCCUCUGUUUUUUUUUUUUCUUUUUUCUUUUUUUUUUUCUUCUUCUUCUUUUCUUCAGUUCUCUUCUCUCGUCUCUUCUCUCGGCUCUCAGUCUUGCUUUUUUAUUUUAUUUUUUUUUUUAUUUCUUUUCUUUGAGCCGAGUCUCGGCUCUUUUUUCUUUUUUUUCUUUUUUUUUUUUUUUUUCUUCUCGGCUCUUUUUAUUUUUAUUUUUCCUUUCCUUUUCUUUUUCUUUUUUUUUCUUUUUUCUUUUUUUUUUUCUUCUUCUUCUUUUCUUCAGUUCUCUUCUCUCGUCUCUUCUCUCGGCUCUCAGUCUUGCUUUUUUAUUUUAUUUUAUUUUUUAUUUCUUUUCUUUGAGCCGAGUCUCGGCUCUUUUUUCUUUUUUUUCUUUUUUUUUUUUUUUUUUCUUCUCGGCUCUUUUUAUUUUUAUUUUUCCUUUCCUUUUCUUUUUCUUUUUUUUUUUUUUUUUUUUUUUUUUUUUUUUGCCCUCUAUUCUUCUUCUCUCGGCUCUCACCCUCUCUCUGAUUUUUUUUUCUUAUUUUUUUUUUAAUUUUUUUUUCCUUUCUAUUCUUCUUCUCGGCUCUCUCUGACCUUUUUUUUAAAUUUUUUUUUUCUUUCUAUUCUUCUUCUCGGCUCUCUCUGCUUCUAGCCUUCUGCUCUUCAACCUCUUCUUUUAUUUUUGUUUUUUAUUUUUUUAUAAUCUGAGUUGCUGGAAUAAAUUGUAGUUUACAACUUUACAAUUUUGUGCUGGAAUAAAUUGUAGUUUACAACUUUACAAUUCUCUGCUGCUAGAAUAAAUUGUAGUUCACAACUUUACAAUUCUGAGCUGGAAUAAAUUGUAGUUUACAACUUUACAAUUCUGUGCUGCUGGAAUAAAUUGUAGUAUACAUAUCAGUUGGUAUAUGCCUAUAUGGUAUCAUGCAGUCCAUAUAUGCAUAUAUAUUACAUCUCAUAUAGUUGAUAAAUCUCAUAUAGAAUUUAUCAUGCAGUGUCCAUAUAUGCCUUUGAUUCUUUGAAGCUCUGUAAUUUUUUUUUUUUUUUUGUCAGAGUUGUUGUAGACACUGAUUACAUGAUGCUAAUCAUGUUAUUAUUUUGUUAUCUUGAAUUUGAUUGUAGUUUGUACUUUAAAAGAUGCCUAGUGAUGGUUCAAGAAAGGAUCCGGCAUGGAAUUACUCACAUUUGGAGAAUCCGAAAGAUACAAAUGCCGUCACUUGUAACUUUUGUGCAAAAGUUACAAAAGGAGGUAUUUAUCGGGCUAAGCAACACAUAGCUGGAGGGUAUAGAAAUGUGAGUGCAUGCACAAGAUGCCCAUCUAGUGUUAGAGAAGAAAUCAAAGAGUACAUGAGUAAGAAAAAGGAAGAAAAAGAGCAAAUGAAUUUAUUACCUAGUGAUGAAAUUAAUUUCCUUGAUGGAGAGGAUGAGGAUGAUGUUAUGGAAGCUAACAAUCGGCGAAAAAGGGUAGCUAGUGCGGGUAGUGGCAGUGCUAGUGUCAAUUCCUCAAAGAUGCAAAAGCAAAAAAGACCGAUUGAUUUAUAUUUCAUUCCCAGACCAGAAAUUGUGGUACAAAAAAGAAAGGAGGGGGGAAAACAGACAACCAUUAAUGAUGCAUGCAAGAAAGAGUUGAGAGGAAGAGCGUGUGCUGCUUUUGCAAGGUGGAUGUAUGAUGCAGGAAUUGCAUUCAAUGCUGUUAAGUAUGAUAGCUUUGCCGAGGUUGUUGAAGCUAUUGGACAAUAUGGUCCCCGCAUGAAACCACCUAGUUAUCACGAGGUGAGAGUUCCUUUGCUUAGGAAGGAAUUGGAUAAUACCAAUGCUUUGAUGAAUGACCACAGAGAGGAGUGGUCAAAAUUUGGAUGCUCAUUAAUGGCAGAUGGGUGGACAGACAAGAGAGGGAGAACAUUGCUUAAUUUCCUAGUAAAUAGUCCAAGGGGAACCAUGUUUAUUGAAUCGAUAGAUACUUCUUCUUUUUCAAAGGAUGGUGCAAAGAUGUUUGACUUACUUAAUAAAUUUGUGAACCGCAUUGGAGUAGCAAAUGUCGUUCAAGUCGUCACAGAUAGUGAAUCAAGCAAUAAGUCUGCCGGGAGGAUGUUAGAGAAAGAACACCCACAUUUGUAUUGGACACCAUGUGCUGCUCAUUGCUUAGACUUGAUGUUAGAAGACAUUGGGAAAAUACCGUCCAUCUCCAGAACAAUGCAGAGGGCGGUGGAGUUGAAUAGUUAUAUCUAUAUGCGUCCAAAGUUGUUGAACAUUAUGAGGAACUUUACUUCUAAAAAGGAGUUGCUUAGGCCCGCUAAGACUCGAUUUGCUACAUGUUUCAUCACAUUAUCAAGUAUUCACAAGCAAAAGAAUAACUUGAGGAAGAUGUUUACUUCAGAAGAAUGGAAUCGUAGUAAAUGGGCGAAAGAGGAAGCUGGUAAAAGAGUUGCUUCUUAUGUUUUGAUGCCUUCCUUUUGGAACAACAUUGUCUUUAGCCUUAAGGUUUCCGGUCCUCUUAUUCCGGUUUUGAGAUUAGUUGAUGGCGAGAAAAAGCCUCCCAUGGGAUACAUUUAUGCGGCUAUGGAUAGGGCUAAAGAAGCCAUUGCAAAAUCAUUUGGGGAAGUAGAAGACAAAUACAAGGAUAUCUUUGAAAUAAUUGAUAAGAGGUGGAAUGUUCAACUUCAUCGCCCUUUGCAUGCAGCAGGUUAUUAUUUGAACCCAGAAUACUUUUAUUCAAAUCCGAAUUAAGAAGAUGAAGAGAUUGCAAAGGGUUUGUAUGCAUGCAUUGCAAGGUUAAUCCCAGAUAUCAAAGACCAAGACAAAAUUACUGAGGAGCUGUCCUUAUAUUCUAAAGCUGAGGGCCUCUUUGGUAAUCCCUUUGCUAUUAGACAGAGAAAUACACGAGGAACAGCUAAUUGGUGGGAAGCUUAUGGCAAGUCAACAAAACUUCUCCAAAAGUUUGCUAUAAAGGUUUUAAGCCUUACUUGCAGUUCUUCUGGUUGUGAACGAAAUUGGAGCGUGUUUGAGCAUCUUCAUAACAAGAAAAGAAAUAGGCUCGCUCAAACAACUUUGAAUGAUUUAGUGUUCAUCAAAUAUAAUAGAGCAUUGAAGCGUCGAUAUAAUAUGCGUGACACUCUUGAUCCCAUUUUACUCGAUGACAUUGAUGAGAGCAACGAGUGGUUAACGGGGAGGAUGGAUGAUUCUGAUGCAGAACAUGAUCUAGUCUAUGAAGAUGAUUCCUUGACAUGGGGUGAUGUUGCUAAUUUUGCUGGUAUUGGAGAGGCUAGCAGGCCGCAACGGUCUACUAGAUCAAAAUCUAGUUCUAGUUCACGGUUACCAACAAAGGGAGCAGGAAGUUCUUCAGUUCGACUUGUGGAUGAGGAUGAGGAUGAGGAUGAUUCAGAUGAGAUAGAAGAGGAUCCUGAGAAUUAUGAAUCAUUUAGUGACGAUCAAAAUGAUGUUAUGCUUAUUGAUGACGAGGAUGAUAUUUAGAUUCAUUGGUGUUGUCUUCUUAGGAAGAAAUGAUGUUUAUGUUUGUUUUAGUUUUAUUUUAUACUUCUCCUUAGUUGACUUUCGCAUCUUUAUGUUAAUAUGUUUGAUUAUUCACUGUUUUGAACUCAAGUACUUGAUUUAAUUAGUUUUGGCAUCUUUAUGUUGAA